CAAUUGCAUAAUAUUCCAAUGCAUUUGCAUGUUUAUAGUACAAUAAUUAAUGUCACAAUAAUUAUACAAAUGAUUAUAUUCGUACAAGACAGAAUAAUCUGAUUUAAAUCAACUUUUCAUUGUAUUCUCGCCAUGAGAAAUCACAAAUUGAUGAUGAGGAGGAAUACUAUGAAGACUUUGAAACUGAUUCAUCGAUCGUUGACAAAGGAAAAAAACAAUAUUUUGGAAAACAUCAGCUGGACGAAGGUGUUCCUGAGGGACCAGAAAUAUUGGAACCAGACCAUCCACUUCUGAUAAAAUUUCAAAAACAUCUUAAAGAACAUCUUAAUAAGUUACUCCUUCGCUGCAAUGAUGAAAUCCUUGAAUUGGAAAAUGAUUAUAAAAAGAAGGAUGCAAAGCGGGAGGAAGUUGGGUUGGAACUUUAUGAUUUGCAAAAUGAAAUAGUUAAACAACAGGAUGUUCUUGGAAAUUAUGUAAAAAGCUUUGAAGAUUUAUCAAGUCUUAGAGCUAAAAUUGAGGAAAGAAUUGAAAAAGAAAGAAAUGUAUACAAAGACCUUACAGAAUCUUUAGACUUGGAAUUGAAAAAGCAAAACAGCUGCCGAUUGGAACUGGAAGAAGCAAAUCGCUUAGAAAGACAAUUGUUGGACUGGGAACGUACUACACAAGAUGAACUAAUGAUCAAUCAGCGUAUUGCAGAUAAAGAUAGACUUGAUAAACAAAAAUUAAUAGACGAACAAAAGCAAUUGGAUCUUAUUAUGUAUAAUUUGACAUCAGAAAUAGAAAAGUUGGAAUCUGAAAAGAAUAUGUUGGAAGUGCAAAUUGAGAAACUAAAUGGUAAAAUAGAUUUCUUGGAGCAAAAUAUAUCUAAUGCAAAUGCAGAUUAUCAGACACUACAUAAGGAGAAAAAUCGUUUAUUGCAACUAUGGAGUGGAGUUGUUAUAAAUAUACAGCAAAGGGACAAUCUAUUAAUAAACUGCAGAAGAGAAUUAAAAGAACAAGAAGAGAGAGUUCGUUCUAAAACUAUUGAUUUAAUGGGUUAUAAAAAGAAAACUCAAAUGGAGAUGGAGGAAAAUGAAGCGUUGAUGCUACAGAAAACUCGGGCUGAAUAUGACUUAUCAAGUGCCCAGAGACAAGUGCACAAUGAAAUGACGAAGAUUGAGUCUAUUGACAGAGAAAUGAAUCAGUUGAAAGCUGCUAUUGAUUUAACUGAGAAAGAGUUAACUAAAGCUACUUAUGAGGUUGAAAGAAUUCGGCAAAUAAAUGGGCCCCUUCAAAGUGAGGUAGAUAAACAUGCCAGAAUAAAAGUUGAAAUUGAGGAAGAGAUGAUGACCCUUUUAAAAGACCAAAUAACUAACGACAAAGCUGCACAGUAUCUUGCUAAAAUGUAUCAUGAGAAACAGCAUAAGAGUCGGUCUAUGGAAAUUGUUUUGAAUACUCAAGAAAAUCAGUUGGCUCAAAUAACAUUGAAUAUUGAGAAUUGGCGUAGUAUGAACAGUGAACUGCAAGGAAUGCUUAAUGCGCUUACAAAAGAAUAUAAUGAAGCUGAGAAAUAUGUGAAUUCAUUAACAGAAGAACAUAGUAAAAAUCAGCAACUUCAAAGUCGAAGACAAAGAACUAUUGACACAUUGAAUAAGAAACUAGAAUCCUUAGUUGAAGCAACUGGGCAUACAGAAGGGGAAAGUGAGCUUGAUAUGAAAGCACAAGAACUUGAAAAAAGCAUUCGCAAUGCUGAAGAAAAAACACAUAAAUUGGAAAUUAUAUGGCUUCGAAUGCAAAGUCAUGUUGUUACAUUAGCUACAAAACAUUCAGAUCAGCAGGAACUGAUGCAUAAUCUCAGAAGACAGUUAAUCAUAAGUGAACACAGAAGUGUUAAGUUGAACAAGGAAGUCAACGCUUUGCAAAAUGAAGAUCAGAAUCUGACUAAAAGAAUUAAUAACAUAGUUGCAAGGUUACAAGUUGUUAACGCGCAACUUCUUAAUAAAAGAGGCUGUAAAGCUGAUUCUAUGAAGCAAUGUGAACUCACCCAAGUGGAGUUUUCUAAAAAGCUUCUUGACUCAGAAACAAAUUGCGCCCACUUGGAACAAGAAAUUAAUGAUUUAGAAAAUGAUAUAAUUGAGUUAGAAAGCUUGCUUAUGGCCAAACAGAAAGAAGUUUUAUCCUGGGACGGAUUGGUCCGUCAUGCAGUAGAAAAUAUACAGAGUUAUAAAGCUGAAAUGAAAGAAGGAAGUGAUCUUAUUGGAAUGAAGACUGAAAUUCAUCGUAUGCAGGUUCGUCUAGCAAAUUUGAAACAAAUAUCAGAUAAACUGCUUCAUGAUUUAGAUAACUGUGUAAAUCAACGAGAAUCUAUAGUAGAUAAAGCAGAAGUUAGAGAUAAAAAAGGUGAUUCUGAUAAAUCUAGAAUGAAAUUAAAUGCAAAGAUAGAGGAAACUAAAAUUAAAAUUAAGAAAGCAAAGAAGCAACUGCAAUCCCUUGAAAAUAAGAACAAGAAUAUUGAAGAUGAACAAAAUAUGUUCUUGAGAGACCUGGAGGAUAUAAAAUCUGCACAAAAGUUGCAAGAUAUAGAAGAGGCACAUCUAGAUGAGGAGAUUAUGUAUUGCCAACUAAUUAAAGCUCAUAAUACAGAGAGAAUUAUUUUGAAACAACAUCGAGCCAAAAAAAUAGCACAGCUGCAGGAUCAUCACAUUCAGCAAUUAAGUAUGAGGAAUGAUUCAAUUGCAGCUUCCUUAGAUCACCAAAAUAAAAUGAACAAUAACCUGGUUGAAAUAUGCCAUGUUUUAAAGGAAAGUUUUCCCCAAUAUAAACAUCAAUUGAAUAGAAUUUUGAAUACGUUAAAAAAAAGGGAGACAGUUUGUGUAUGA